ACAAGCAUUUCUCUCUCUCCAGAUCUUUAAAUACCUGACCUAAACUGUACUAACCUUUUAAUUAUUUCCACAAUUCUGAUCAAUUCAACUGUGUAUCAAAUGCUACAAUAAAGUUUUAGAGGAAAUGGAGAACGGAAAAGUACACAACGGAGGAGUUUCCUCGUCGGAAACCUUCAACGGCGGAGAAGAUGUAUUUAGUUCUAAACCGUCUGAUGCUUCUACCGCCGAUCAUCUUGUUAUGAUGGUACACGGUAUCCUCGGAAGUGCUUCGGACUGGAAGUUUGGUGCGGAGCAGUUUGUUCGGAAUCUUCCCGACAAAGUUUUUGUUCAUUGCAGUGAACGUAAUAUGGCUAAACUAUCGUUGGAUGGUGUGGAUGUAAUGGGAGAGCGAUUAGCUGAGGAGGUUCUUGAUGUGGUCAAAAGAAGGCCAGGUUUGAAGAAAAUUUCUUUUGUUGCACAUUCGGUUGGAGGAGUAGUGGCAAGAUAUGCAAUUGGGAAAUUAUAUAGACCUCCACGAACGGACAAUGUGCAGAAAUUCUCGGAUGAUACCAGUGAAGAAGGGUCAAAGGGGACAAUAGUCGGCCUGGCACCAAUAAAUUUCAUCACUGUUGCCUCACCUCAUCUGGGUUCCAGGGGUAACAAGCAGGUGCCAUUUCUUUUUGGUGUAACUGCCUUUGAAAAAGCUGCUGGGCUCUGUGUUCAUUGGAUAUUCAAGAAAACGGGCCGACACCUUUUCCUUAACGAAGAUGAAGGAAAGCCUCCAUUACUAAGACGGAUGGUGGAAGAUGAUGGUGAAUUACGCUUUAUGUCUGCAUUAAGUUCAUUCAAGCGAAGGGUCGCAUACUCAAAUGUUGGUUAUGAUCAUAUUGUAGGUUGGGGAACAUCAUCAAUUAGACGUAAUAAUGAACUGCCUAAGUGGGAGGACUCCUUAAAUAAGAAGUAUCCUCACAUUGUGUAUCAAGAACAUUGCAAGGCGUGUGAUGGUGAGCAGGGUGAGUCUGUUGUGAAGGAAGGUGAUCAUUUUGACAAGCUAGAAGAGGAAUUGGUGACUGGUUUAUCUCGGGUAUCCUGGGAGAAAAUAGAUGUCAGCUUUCACAGCAGCAGGAACAGAUUUGCUGCACAUAGUGUUAUUCAGGUGAAGGAUCACUACAUGCAUGCAGAAGGUGCUGAUGUUGUCCAACAUAUAAUAGAUAAUUUUCUUUUAUAGAAGUCAAUAAAAUCUGAAGCACAUUGGAUCGUGGUGGAGAAUACUGAAUUUACAAGGUCAGAAUUGUACUAGUGUCUUGUGAUUACGACAUUUAUGAAAUUUACAGUAAGCAGUUUUGUUAACUCAAUAAUGUCCUAAUGUAACCUUAAACCUGUUUCAUUCUCAAUGAAAAAACAUUAUUUUUCCAUGUUAGAA